AUGGAAGCCAAGGCAAUGAUCUUGCACUCACUAAGACUAUGUGUUGGUUUGAAGGAAGUCAAUGCCCCAUACUCUACACAUUUGAAGGAAUAUGGUCAAUGGUCAUGGGGAAAUGGUGGUGGUGGUGGCAGCAUUGGGUUUAGUCCAAGUGGGAUUAGUGGUACUAUCUUUGGUCCUCGUAGUGGUCAGGGUUCUGGGGUUGGUGUAGAUGCUGGACCUGGUGGUUCUGGGGGUCAAGCUAGUGGUUCAGCUGGAGGUGGAACUAGUAGUACUGGUUCUGGUUCUAGUUCUGACAGUGGAAAAGUUAAAGGUCAUGAAGGUUCUAGCAAUGGUGCAGACAGUGGUUCUGGUUCUUCUGGUAGUGGUUUUGACACUGGGUCUAGAAGUGGUGGUGGUUAUGUGAGUUGGGGGACAAUCCCAUUGGUAGGUCUUCCUGGUUUUGGCUCUGGAUUGGAUGGCCCACCGCUAUGCACAUUAGUGAGUCUUCUUGAAUUUGGUUCAAUUAAACUGUACGUUGAUUGUGGGAACUAUACACCUGUGUUUGGUUCAAUUAAGGUCCAUGAUGGUGAGGAUCUUAGUGGCCUAAAGGGUUCACUCAUGGAAGCACUGGCAAGGAUUCAGGACAUAAUUAAUCAUCACCAUGAUCAAAAGCACACUACUACUGAGGAUGCCAUAGCCCCAGAGUCAGGGUAG